UUCACUUUCAAACAAUAACUUUCAAAACUGAUCUACGAAUUAUGAUCCCCCCCAGGUAGAAUUUCUGAUCGGGUCAUUGUGUAUAGUGGCUGUACAACAAGAAGUCUAAAAUUCCAGAUGCCCCCUCUAUUACUAAUAUCUCGAUGGUAUUAACUAUUCAGAAAACGGCCUAUGUGUACUAUAACCUCUAUGUACACUGUACACAAGAAGUAUACAUAUGUACGGCAAUCGGUGUUUAGUAGACGUCCGAUCGAAGAAGUUAAAAAACGAAAAUGUUAAAAAUGUUUAAGAUGUUAGUGAUCUUUUUGAUUUGUUCGAGAUCAAAAGUGUUUUCUGGCGAUUGCGAAGAGCUAAGGACAGAAAAUAGACUACUAAGGGAGCUGCUGGCAGUACAAAAUAACAGAUACGACAGUACUCAAACACCAAAAGUUGAAAGUUCCAUAGACAUUUCGCCUAGUCCAGCUCUAACUCCUGUGUGGUCACUUUCUUCCUAUACAUCAACUUUUCAAACCACUGUUACAGUUCCGGUUAAUACUGAGAUUCCUUUAUAUUUCAACGGAAAGGCAAUAACUUCAACUAUUGUUGAAUACGAAACCAAGGAGACGGUUGGUACCACAGUUCUUCCAACUAGAAUACUUGUAUAUCCAAACAACUCAGAUGUCUCUGCUGGUGUUACUAAUGAGAAAAAAGAACCAGAGACGUCAUCUGUAACACAGGAACAACAACAGGAAUCUAUUGCACCAAGCAAAUCUCAGCCUAUAAAUACAGAAAUAAUUUCAAGUUCUGCAGUGCUCAGGAGACCUCCAGGAUUCAGACCAAGUCGUAAAAUAACUACAGCUCCCAAGUCCUUCACUCUUACAAGCAGAGCAACUUUUACUGGGUUCGGGUCUACUGGAUUCAGGUUUAAACGAGACCACCCAGAUAUUAGAGAUGAUUUAGAGAGUGAAGUAACGCUGCAGUCGGGAAUGGAAGAGUAGUUCAAGAUUUUAUCUAAAAAUUAUAUAAUUAUGUAUUUUUUGAUAAUUGCAGUUUUUCGUUGAAAUUAAUUUAAUGAUUUCAAAAUUGCAAUAUAAGUAUUUCAUCAAUUUUAUGCUUAAUACAUAGUUCAGAUAUUUUUGAA